AUGUACUCAGGGAUUUCUAGCCAUCGCCUCUGGUGGGGCGGCCUUCAGAGGAGACUCCACCUGAACCAGCCAGUGUUGGGAAGGCAGCACCUUCAGCAUCUGUGUGUCAAAGUUGGGGACCGGGCUGAACUCAGCAGAGCCUUCACACAGAGGGACGUUGCUGUCUUCGCACAAUUGACAGGUGAUAUCAACCCUUUGCAUUUAAAUGAAGACUUCGCAAAGCAAACCAAGUUUGGGAGGCCAAUUGUGCAUGGAGUUUUGAUCAAUGGACUUAUUUCCACCCUCCUGGGUACUAAAAUGCCAGGCCCAGGCUGUGCAUUCCUUUCUCAGGAAAUUAACUUCCCAGCUCCUUUAUAUGUUGGAGAAGUUGUUACAGCAACUGCAGAAGUGAAAAAGCUAAAGCGAUUCAUUGCUUUUAUUCAAGUAUCUUGUUCUGUUAUAGAAAGUAAAAAAACUGUUAUGGAAGGCUUGGUUAAAGUUAUGGUCCCAGAAGCUCUUAAACCCUGA